ACGUUCAGCUGGCCUGGUUGCGUUGCGUCGCGACGCUCCACGAGUCGCCGCGAGUCUCCACGAGUGCCCGCGUUUCUGCCUUCCUCUCUUUCUCUCUCUCUCUCUCUCCCCCUCUAUUUCCCUCCGUCUUUCUCUCCCCCGCGCGCGCGCGCUUUCUUUCUCUUUCCCUCUAUUUACCUAUGCCCCCCCCACCUCCCCGCACGCUCUUCCACCCUCGGCUCGCCAGCCCGCCGACGAAAAAUUCGAAGCAACAGGACGCGAUUGCGCCAAACGAGGAACGGAGGCUCCCGCGAAAUUUCGCCUCGCGAAAAAAAGAGUGCCCGGGGGAGGGAAAACUGCUCAUUUUCGUGCGUCAAGAAGGGGUUUUCGGGACGAGGGUAGCCGAGUGCCCGACUCGCAGAGCGAGUAAUCUUGAUCGCCGGGAUCGAUUCCGGGGGCGCGCGCGAGAUCGCGUUUGAUUUCGAUCAAGCCAGACCCGCGUAGCUCGAGCGCCAGGAAGUUGUUAAUCCGUUAACUCGUUAACUAGCGGCUAGAUAAGAGCGGACGAGCGCGAGCGGCUAACGAAGCGGAGGAAGGGGGGAAAAGAUCGACGGGCCGCGUAGUGAACUGUGAAACUGUCUGGUGAUGCGUGAUCGGACAACAACUUCCCGAACGGAGGCUGCCGUCGCCGACGCCACUUCCACCGUCGACGGUCCCGCGAGCGACCUGGUACGAGGAUCGUCGAUCGAUAUCGACGACGGGGCCACGGAUCCCGGCUUCCUCGACCUGCCAGGAUACUCGCAUGCGACGGCUUAAGCCGAGGGUGAAAGGGUCGGUCGGGACCUUAAGCGGGAUAAGGGAGAACCGCUGCUGAGUCCGUAUCGGAAUCGAGGCAAGGAUUCUCAUGCACGCCGCGAACUUGCCCGGCAUCCCGUGGUCGAGAGGAGAGAAGGAGCAUGACGUAGUCGUCGGCGAGGGGGGCUCUUGGGAUGCUCCGGACUACUUCCGGCUAGGGCCGUCGUAUGGAGGGGCAGGACGUAAGCAUCACGGACGGCAACCUGUUUCCAAACUUCACGACUCACAACGCCACGCGAGGCGACGGAUCCUUUUUUCGGGUCUUCCCCGGCAAAAACUCACCCUACACCACCAUUCAGGCAAUCGCCCUCACUCUGGUACUCGGCAGCAUCAUCGUCGGGACGGUGGUAGGCAAUAUUCUCGUGUGCGUGGCGGUGUUCCUCGUUAAGAAGCUACGGAAGCCGUGCAACUAUCUCCUGGUCAGUUUGGCGGUGAGCGAUCUCUGCGUGGCGCUUCUAGUGAUGCCGAUGGCCUUGCUAUACCAGAUAUCGGGCAACUGGUCCUUCGGCUCGCUCACGUGCGAUCUCUGGGUCAGCUUCGACGUGCUCAGCUGCACCGCCAGCAUCCUCAAUCUCUGCAUGAUAUCCGUGGACCGAUUCUGGGCCAUCACCAAGCCGUUGCAAUACGGGGUUAAGAGGACGCCGCGACGGAUGAUCAUCUACGUCAGCCUUGUUUGGUUAGGAGCGGCUUGUAUCAGUCUACCACCCCUGCUGAUAAUGGGAAACGAGCACACGUAUUCCGACACCGGGCCCUCGCACUGCUCGGUCUGCCAGAAUUUUUUCUACCAAAUCUACGCGACCCUCGGCAGUUUCUACAUACCGCUGUUCGUCAUGAUUUGGGUGUAUUAUAAAAUAUUCUGCGCCGCGCGCAAGAUCGUUCUGGAGGAGAUAAGGGCGCAGCUUCACCUGGAGGUGCACUGCCAUCUCGACAUGGAGCCGCCAGCCGCGCAGCAUCCGGUCACGCCCGCGGUGAAUCGUCAAUUAAAUUCUUCCGACAUGCAGACGAGUCAGGGUAGCCCGCCGGUGAAACAGCACAGAAGUUCCAGCGCGUCUACCACGAUAAGAUCGAAGGUACGCGCCGACAGGCUGGAUAAUUUGACAAUGUGUAGCGGACACGCGGUCCGAUGCUUCGCCGGUGGACCGCGCAGAAGUAACGAAUCUCAAUGCCCGAUGCUGCAGAGGAUCGAGAAGCCGGUGCUGUCGACGGCAACGACGCCGUCGAUGACGUCGUCGACGACAAAGCAAAUGACGACGACGACGACGCUCGUGCGCAAUCACCUGAACAGCACGUGUAGCGUCACCAACUCGCCGCAUCAGAAGAAGCUGCGCUUUCACCUGGCGAAGGAGCGGAAAGCGAGCACCACCCUGGGCAUCAUCAUGGGCGCGUUCAUCGGCUGCUGGCUGCCAUUUUUCGUGCUGGCACUAGUCAGACCGUUCCUCCACGACCCGGACGCCAUUCCGGCGUUUCUCUCGGGUCUCUUCCUCUGGCUCGGCUAUUGCAAUAGCCUGCUGAAUCCAAUCAUCUACGCGAUCCUCAACAAGGAUUUCCGCAAGCCCUUCCGCGAGAUACUCUUCUUCCGCUGCAGCAAUCUCAACCAUAUGAUGCGCGAGGAGUUUUACCAGAGCCAGUAUGGCGAUCCGGUUAAUAACUACGAGAUCAAGGCCGGUUGCAGCGGCGGCUACGGCGGUGGUGGCGGUGCGGAGAGCGCCGAGAGCGCGGAACACUACGACGAUGGCAAUCAGGACGUCGUCGAGUCAGUGGACGUCGCCGGCGCGCCCGACGAGAGUUUCCUAUGAUGCGAGGAGCGUUCCUCGUCGAUCGUCGAGGACCGUAAUAUCCGACGGAGACAACCGUCCUGCUGCAUCGAGCCCCUCCACGUCGACCUCACCAACGGCACGCAGAGCGAGAUCCUUUUGUGAUCGAUCGCGAUCGAUGAGGAUCGCGAGGACGAUGCCGCGAGUCAUCGUCGACAUUGUCGUCGUCCCGAAAAUGCGACGGGACGGUUUUCAUUCCGCGAUCGCGUGACAAGCGCGUCGCACAGGGAUGUCUCUCGAGAGAUCCUCCUAUGAUUAUGAUCAACAGCGCUGGACCGCUUGUGUGAUCUUAACGCGUCAAGACGGCAACCGAUAAAAAGAGAGAUAGAUAGACAGCUAUUGCGCGAUUAUAUAUAUAUGUAGUCGCGUUAAUAAAUUGAAAAUCUCACAUAAGAACUGAUAGUGUGUGAAAGUCGAAGUCGAAGAGCGAUUUCCAGAUUUUCGCAAGAUAUUCUCAUUCAUUUCAUUGAUUUAACUCAAAUUUAUUUACACCGAAGAUAAUUGAGGAGCUUAUUUAUUUUCCUGUGGCUUUAAAUUCAUACUUUUUAAGAACGUGCUGAGAAACGUGCGAUAUUAUAAAGCUAUAAGAACGAUAUUAUAAAGAUAUUAUACU